CAUACAGAAAUUAUAAAAGCAUGCAAACAACUGAUCAAUGAUACAAUAGAUUGGCAAUAUCAAAAAGGAAUAAUCAAAAAAGAAAAGAAAUCGAUUCUUUCAGAGUCUUUAAAAGUUGUUGAUUUAGCAGAGCAGUAUCCAAUAUCUGGAAAAGUAAAUGAAAAUAUAAGGCAAGCCUAUGUCGAGCAUGAGCAUGGUGGACGCUGGAAUGCACCUGAUUAUCACAUCAAUGAUGUCGUAUGUAUCGAUAUGAAAGAAUGUUAUCCAGCAAGUAUGCGAGGUCAAGGAGAAUAUACACCAUGGUUCAAUAGGUUCAGAUAUUCAACACACUACCUUGUUCGAGUUGCGUACAGAAAACAUUUUGCAUGUCGAAGUGGAGAAGGAUGUGGGAAAGAAAAAGGAUGGGCACCUAUUGUACUUCUACGAUAUCUUCUUGAGGUUGGUAUUCUAGAAAGUGUGACUAUUAGAGAGGCAAUAAUUUUUCUUACUAAACAGACCAAAGUAUGGCUACCUAGAAAUCGAGAUAUUAGUUGUGCAAUUAUAGGUAAGUUUACACAAGGUGGCAAGAUUGAUGAAAAACGCCUUACUCAUCGACUUGUAACAGAUGAAGGUGAGCUUGAUUUCUUGAUCAAAGAUUGUACUGAUGCUGGAACUUUUGCCAGAAGAGAAAAAUGUCCACUCGGAUUCAUACUUACAUAUUACGAGAGACAUCAACCUCAAUAUAUACAUUUGCGGGCCUCAAUGUUAGCAUAUGCGCAUAUUAAUUUGUUAGAGAUGCUUCAGAGAUUUGAUCCUAAUAAAGUAGUAAGGAUUGCUACAGAUUCUAUAUAUAUACGAAAAGAGGCUUUAUAUAAGAUCGAAAAUAUACCGGCAUUCUUCAAGCAAGUUGAGGUAAAGUCAGAUCCAAAUUUAUGUUCACACUAUCCUUCUUGUGCAAUGUGUACUGAUCCAGAAGAAUUCUUUAUUUCAAAAUCUAAAUAUGCAAAAUGGAUUAAAGAGUUCCAAAAAACCAAAACGCCUCUAGUAAAAUAUGACUGUAAAGACAUAAACCAUUUAUUUGCAGAUUUUGCUUUGCAGAAUGUUACCGAUAUUGUAUACUGGCCAAAGAAUAGGCAUUGGGAAUCAAUCAAAAAUAUUUCUGAAAGUACAGCACCCUCGAUUCAUGAUCCUAUUACAAGAUGUCGGAAAUCAUAUCUUAAUGGAAGAGGUGGUUCAGGAAAAACAACACGUGCAAUUCAAAUUUUCAAAAAUAUAAACAUGGUUGUAUUUACUCAUACAAAUGCAUUAGCUAAAGAUUUUCGAGAAAAACGUGAUGUAAAAGCUCAAACCUGGCAAAGUUUCUUCAGAUGGAAUGGAGUGGGAAAGUGGACACCUGAACGCAUGGGAGAGAAAAAAUUUUCACGAGUUGUUAUUUGGGAUGAG